CCUCUGCAGAUAUAUACCCCUCAAGACACCCUCCCCGUUUACAUUACUGACGCACUCAAGUAUUUCGAGCUCCUUAACGGCGGCGCGCGCUGGUCUGAACUUGUGAAGGCUUGGGUAGACUUCGAGCGCAAGCUCGGCUUUCCCUCAAAUCCUCAGGAACAUCCUGAGGAGAUCAAGAUGUGGUCGAAGGCCAGCCGAUCGUACGAAAAGCUACCCAAAGUCAAAUCAACUCAGCAAUAUGCCGUCGGGUGGAAGCGUUGGUGGGUGUCACUCCAGCCUCCAUCCCGGAUAGAACAUGGGAACACUUGGCCUCCCGCACGCUGCGAGCCUGCAGACGACGAGGAGUGGAAUUCCGUCCGCCGUGGUGGGCCGAACGGUAUGUUCCUGGCUGUCAUCUCAUUGGCAUGGUGGCUCUGGGCCGCUGUCGAUGCAGGCGAGCCAGUGGUGGGCUCGGAGGUCGAGCAGGCCAUCGACGAUAUCGCCUGGGUCUGCCAGACCUGUACCGCAAAUAUUUUGGACACGCGUAAAUGGGCUGCAGAGCCAGACGACCAGCCUGAGACCGGGGAUGUUAACGAGAGGCCGAAGAGGGCAUGUAGGCGUACGUGA